GAUGUGGCCUCUGCUAGUAUGAUGAGAGCACUUUUAGUAGUGUGGCUGGCUGUGUGUAGAGACAAUGAGCAAAGCUUCGUUAUUAACUUUUCACUUGCUCUCUUGCUUCAUUUUAUCUGUUAAUCUUUUGUUAGAUUGUAUCGAAUUAAAACUAGUUAUCACGGGAAAGCUCGUAAACUCGUCGGGCGACUCUGGAAUGGAUGGAACUUUCUCAUGGAGUGUAUGUUUGUAUAUCGCGUUUUCAUUACAGAUGAUAAUCAAAUAAUGCUUACGGUUACGUGUUUGUUGAACAAUCAAGAAAAUUUCGUUACGAACACAAAUAUUCUGGCCUCCACGUCAAUGGAAAGAGAUACUCGUAUUGCCACAUCAUCCUCGUCUCCUUCUCCCUCCCCCCCAAACAUAAAGCAUCAAAUUCUCCAGCGAUAUAUCGCUUUGCUUCGUUUAAUCUUCGCCAUCCACCGAAAAUUCCAGAGGAUAUUCGCCGCUGAAUUGGUUUUUCCUUUUGAAAGCGUUCAUGGUAGAUGGGCCGUUAAGCUACAACGGCCGGGUCUCGUAUCGUUAAGGUAACCCACCCAUUUGUUUCUUUGCGCAUCUUCGAGUUUGAUGGUCCUUUCGUGAAACUCCGUAGCAGGAACCUAUUAGUGUUUAUCGAUUUCAUGGUCCUCAUUAUCUUGCUUGUAUAUAACGUAAAUUGGUUGUGGGAGCUGAAUAUGAAUGUUUUUUCUGCACUUCUUUUUCCUUGGUGAAUACUUCAUUAACAGUAUAGUUCACUUCUCGUUGCGUUGUCCUCUGAGAAAUUUAGUCAUUUGUGUGCAAGUCAAGUGUUGGUGGUGAUUUUAAUAGGUUGAGAUUUGGUCUCCUUAAACAGCAAGGAAGCUAUGUUAGAUAAUAGUUAGCUAAGCUUUCACGUACAAUGUUAAUCUGCAUAGGCUGAUCCUCGUUUAAUAUGUUGCUUUUCGUGUUCAUUAAUCUUUACAUUUGUAGCUCUUCAAACCCUUUUUGUCUCUCGCGGAUGUCCAUUGGAAACUUUACAUCCUCCAGAAAAGUGCUAGAAUUUGAUUAUAUAUCAAACUCCUGGGAAAAUUUAACGAGCUCUCUUCAUAGGAAGUUGUUUGGAAACAAGGAUAUAAGCUUGUAUAUGCAGCCUUUUCUCCUUGCAUCUGCCGCCGGUGUGGCUGUCAAUGGGACUCCUCCUCAUAUCGGUGAUGUUGAGGAGAUGAGGGCCAAACUCAGUGGAUCUCUUCAAGAUGAGUGCAACUGCGAUGAACUCAUUCAGUCUUUGCAUGAUUCUGCCACAACUUUUGAGCUUGGGCUUAAGAAUAAGAUCUCCUCUUCCAAAUUACAAUGGUUUUCAGCAGCUUGGCUGGUACUGGGAGUCGAUACAAAUGCAUGGGUUAAGACCUUUUCUUAUCAGGCUUCAGUGUAUUCCUUACUACAAGCUGCAAAUGAAGUUUCAUCUAGAGGAAACAGAAGAGACAUUGAUCUUUAUGUCUUUGUGCAAAGAAGUUUAUCUCGCCAAGCUGCUCCGCUUGAUAGUGUGAUGCGGGACAAACUAUCUUCCACUCACCCUCAAGCCAAUGGAUGGUUUUGGUCUCACCAAGUUCCUUCUGCUGUUUCAUCUUUUCUGAAUUGUUUUGAAAGGGACCAACGAUUUGUCGCCGCUACUUCUUCCUCUGCCAAAGGAAAGUCCUCAGCUGCAAGCAAUGAGAUAGAUGUGUCACUUCUCGUGCUUGUGCUCAGCUGCAUAGCAGCAGUCACAAAACUUGGCCCAACAAAACUUUCGUGCCCGCCCUUCUCCUCUAUGAUUCCAGAUACUGCAGGAAGAUUGAUGGACAAGCUUGUUGACCUUGUUCCACUCCCUCAGGCCUAUUAUUCAGUGAAAAGCAUCGGUCUACGUAGAGAGUUUCUCGUUCACUUUGGACCGCGGGCAGCUGCAUGCAGAGUAAAAAGUGACUACUACUGCUCUACAGAUGAGGUUGUCUUCUGGGUCGAUCUUAUACAAAACCAACUGCUUCGGGCUGUUGAUCGAGAGAAAAUAUGGUCGAGAGUAGCAACGUCUGAAAGUAUCGAGGUUCUGGGAAGAGAUUUAGCUAUUUUUGGAUUCUUCAUUGCUUUAGGGAGGAGCACCCAGAGUUUUUUAGCUGCAAAUGGUUCUUAUUCUCUAAUGAAUCCUGUAGAAGACCUUGUCAGGCACUUCAUCGGGGGAAGUCUCCAGCAAUAUCCUCAACUUUCAGCUAUUAGGUCAUACCAUUUGUAUGUUGAGGUUGUCUGUGAAGAACUAGAGUGGCUUCCUUUCUAUCCAAAUAAAAGAGACCUGCAGCCAGCCAAACAAGCACAUGGGCAUAAGAGCAGACCAGAAGGGCCACCUAGUUAUGAUGCUCUUCCUCAAAUAUUUGAUGUCUGCUCUUAUUGGCUACAGAGUUUUAUUAAAUACAGCAAAUGGCCAGAGAACCCUUCUAAUGUCAAGGCAGCAAAGUUCUUAUCCAAGGGGCACAACAAGUUAAUUCAGUGCAAGGAAGUAAUGGGGAGAUCUAGUUUGGCAGAAGCAGUACUUAUUGACAUGAAUGCAUUAUCAACUGAAGUGUCGAGCUCAGUUGACAAGGCUCUAGAGAGUGUAGAUGAAGCUCUAGUGAGACUGGAAAGCUUGCUACAACAGUUGAAUGCAUCAAGCUCCGCCUCUAGGAAUGAAGAAAUAAAAGCCGCUUGCUCUGACCUGGAGAAAAUAAGGAAGCUUAAGAAAGAGACUGAAUUUUUGGAGGCGUCUUUCAGAGCCAAAGCAGCUUCCCUGCAAGAGGGAGGUGGUGGAUUUUUUGACAAUAAGCUGGCAAAUGAAUGUAUUGAGAGAUCCAGAGAAAACAAUGAUAGCGUGGAUUCAGGACCCAAUGAGAUUUAUCGGUUUGAACUUCUAAGGAAUGAACUGAUAGAGCUGGAGAAGCGGGUCCAAGGAAGUACAAAUGAGUCUGUAAAUGAAGUGGGAAGCACCUCUGGGGAUCCUCUUAGAUCAAGCAGUAGUAUGAAAGGUGUAGAGUUGGUCCAGAUCUCAAAGAAAGGAAGAGUCAUUAAGAAAAUCAAAGAAACAAGCACAGACGUGUGGCAAGGUACUCAGCUUCUUGGAUCUGAUUCAGCUGCUGCGAUGGAGCUGCUUCGGAGGUCUGUAAUAGGAGAUGAAUUAACAGAGAAAGAAAAAAAAGCUCUGCGCAGAACCGUGACUGACUUAGCAUCAGUUCUUCCCAUUGGUGUUCUUAUGAUUCUUCCUGUCACACCAGUUGGCCAUGCGGCUAUACUUGCUGCAAUUCAAAGAUAUGUGCCAGGCUUGAUACCUUCGACAUACGGAUCCGAAAGAUUGAACCUAUUAAGACAGCUCGAGCAAGUCAAGCAAAUGCAAAAUGAAACAGAGUCUGAAGAAGAAACUGAAACUGAACCUUAACUAGAUGAAGAUGCAAAUUCAUUUUACACCACCCUUUGUUAUUAGUUCAUUGACAAGAGUAGUUGUGUACAGAGAAUCUCAUUCCAUGUGACAUGUGUUGUUAAAAGCCCAAUAUAUAAAAACGAAUUGUUUUGCCUAGAGCC